UCAUUUAUAUAUAUAUCAAAUGAAAAUUUAAAAUUAAUAAUAAUUUAUAAUUAGUAAAUAAAUAUAUAAAUCUGACACUUUAUUUUUAUAUUUAUAUUCAAACAUGGCAGCAUCUUCACUUUAAAAAAUUGCUCUGCCCUCUUUCCCUCACUUAGCUCUUCUCCCCAUAACCAUCUAAUAUCUCCAUUACACAACAACACACAAAGCCAUAUCAUCAUAUGAGAUAAUGGCCAUUGCAACAACUACUAAUCUUAUAGAUGAGGACUACAUAGACAUGGAAAUAACCUCUUCAUCUUCAUCUUCUUCUAACUUGUUUAAAAAUGCAAUUAACAACUCUCCACCGCUACCACCAUGUCCAUCACCUCAACAAAGCAACAAAGAGUUUGAGUUUCAAAUGUCCUCAUCACAUUCUUAUUUCCCAGCUGAUGAGCUUUUCUACAAAGGAAAACUCCUCCCUCUUCAUCUCCCUCCUCGUUUAAAAAUGGUUCAAAAGAUUAUCCAAAGCUCAAAUACACAACAACAAGAAGAAGAACAAGAUGAUGAUGAACAAGAAGCCUUUGAAGACACUUUUACCAUAAUGCCCUUCUCUUCUUCCACUGCUCCAUGUACAAACACAAACACUCCAAUGGAGUCCUCACCAUCUGACUCAUGUAGAGUUAGUUGUGAGCUAAACCCAGAUGAGUAUCUCUCUCAAUGGGCAAAUGAAGUCAGAGUUUUCAUCAAUGGUGGUGGUGGUGGUGGUGCUGGUGGGGGUGGUAAUGGUAGAUUGCCAAGGAUCAAGUCAUGGUCUUGGAAGCUCAAGCAGUCUUCACUUGGGAGAAAGCUCAAGGCCUCAAGAGCUUAUCUCAAGUCCUUGUUUAAUAAUGAUAAUACUAAGUCAUCAGAAGAUUCUACAACUACUACUACUCCUCCUACUAGCUCUAGUAGUGGCACAAGUAAUGGAUCCAUUAAAAAUGGGAGAUACCAGAAGAUAUCUACUCUAAUGAAGAGCAUUGAAAAUGAAAUUAUGGCUGAGGCUGCAGCUGCUGCUGCUACUGGUAGUUACCAUAGAAAGUCAUUUUCUGGUGUGAUUCAGAGGCAUUCUGGGGCUAAAUUUUUGUGUACAUCUACUUCUAUAUCAGGGGGAUCUUCUUCUUCUUCUUCUUCUUCUUCAUCAUCAUCAUCUUCUUUUUCAUUAAGCCCCAAUGGUUCUCAUGACCUUCAUUUUCUUAAGAGGAGUAGUAGCAGUGCAAGCUCAGAACUUGAGAGCUCCAUUCAAGGAGCCAUAGCACACUGUAAGCAGUCAUCACAGCAACAGCUAUUCAGUGCUUCAUAUAGAUCAAAGACACUUACUCAAGAUGGGGAUUUUCCAUUGUGUUCAUCAAGGAUUGCAGUUUGAUUAUUUUUAUAAUUAAAAUGAUGGCUCUAUCAAUGUUAUGUUUAAGCACUAAUAUAUUUAAUUUUAGAAAA